CCACCGCGGUGGCCGCGGCGCGGGGGCGGCCCCGGGGGCGGGCCGAGCUCCGCCGAGAGCGGCCGGGAGCGGCAGCGCGCUGAGCCCCGGCGUCCCGCAGCGGCCAUGCAGCUCCUGCCUCUGCUCGCCUGGGCGCUGCUGCCAGGCUGCGGGGCGGUGACGGGGCCCGGCACCGUCUGGGGAUUCCUGGGGGGUUCCCUGUCGGUCACCUGCACCUACCGGUCGGGCUUGGAGGAGUUGCCGAAAUUCUGGUGCGUCCCAAGUAGAAAGUUUGUUUUUACCUGUGAUAACGACAUCGUCAUCACCUCGGAGUCGCAGCCCGCGGUGCUGCGGGGCCGGUUCUCCAUCCGGGAGAACCGCACACGCCGGGCAUUCACGGUGACCGUGCAUGCUCUGUCCGAGGAGGACGCGGGCACCUUCCGCUGUGGAGUGCGAACGCAAAGACUUGUGCCUGAUGAGAGUGCUGCUGUGAAGGUGAUCGUGCUCUCAGCUCCUUCCAUCGUCCCAUCAUCGAUCUAUGUGACCUCCACGUCCUCUGAUCUCAUUCUCUCAAGCCACACACAGACAAUUUCCCAGGGGGAAAUUUUGCAAUCAACAUCAAAUCCCUCCACCCCUCAACUCAUGAAUGUGGUUGAGCACAUCCUCACUCCAGCCAUUGUUGUGGUCCUUUUUUUGCUUGCAGUGGCUGCUGGUGUUCUAGUAGUACUCUCCAGGAAGAAAAAGGCCACAUCCAUGCUUCAUCCAGCCCUUUCUGGAGCAGCCAUAGAGAUGGACAGGACUUGCACCAUGUCACCUACAGGAGCAGAAGCCUUGAACUAUGCGGACAUUACCCACGGCACGGGCGCGGCUGGGAGCCAGCACGGCAGCGCUGAGGCUCUGCGCCGCCUGGAAACGCUCCCGGUGGAGUACACAGAGGUCAGGCUGAGUGCUCAGCUUUUGGAAGAGGAAAGAGAGGCGUUAUAUGCCAGAGUGCAGAAGCCCAUGCCGCAGCAGGAGCAGAUCUACGCCAACGUGCCAUCAGCUCCACAGCCCAGUGAAGAGCUCUACAGCACAGUGUGGGGUAGAUGACCAAGCACCCAGCCCCAUGGGCUGCUCCUGCUGCUGGCAGCACCAGUGAAACUUGCACAGAGGACAUGGGGUUGAUGUUCUGCUCAGGCAGGAGCCAGCUCCAUAGCAGAGCUGUUGCUCUCCGAGGCUUGGAUGUUUCUUUGAGGCAACAUCAGAGAGGAUGAGGUUGUGUGGAGGCAUAGAGAGGGCUGAAGAUAAAGUCAUGCCUUUGCAAAUGCAAUUUGGAGUUCUCAUCCGUACAGCAGUGGUGCUGGGAGUAAAGCUCUCCCCCUUGUAGUGGGGUAGUCCAGGCCAGAGACCCACCAGGCAAGGUGUGGGAGAGGUGGGCAGGGGAGGUGAGGCUGGGCUGGUGGGUGAGCUGGCUCCCUUUGCUCACCACUCAUCCCACUUGCUCCUUUGGCUGCAUUGCUUAUGUGGGCUGAGGCUCCCAAACCCACUGUUCACCUCAGACUGACAUGUUUUCAUGCUAAUGCCAGCUGGCAGCUCCUGGGAACCAGGACAGUGGGAAAUGUUAUAUCCAAGUGCAUUUGCAUGGGGUGCUCGUGUGGAGGGUGAGCUGUGUCAGGAUCUGGGUGCAGAAAUGGCAUCUCCCCAGCCCCUGGUCCCACAGGCCCCCAGGCAGUUUGCUCCUGCUCCUUGUCUCCCACCAGCCCAGAGGACCCCCAGCCUUGGAGCACACAGAUGGGCUGUAACCAUCACCUUGCUCUUCUCUGCUUUGCUGAUAAC